AUGAGCGCGCUGCACAAGCUCCUCUGGGGCUCACCAGCUUCACCCUCUUCCGGCGUCUCCACCAACAGUACCACCAUCAACAUCACCACCAACGACGCCGCCGCCACCGGCCCCCUCAAGACCAUACCCAUCCCCAACCCCCCACCUGCAGGCCACGGCCCCAUCAAAGUCCUCUACGGCGGCCUGAUGCGCAUGGGCUCCCUCUCAAUGGCGCACGCCCUCGCCACCCUCGGCCUACGCACGCACCACCUCCUCGAAGACGGCUGGGACGUGUGGGAGCCGCUGCAGCGGGCCGCGGACGCCACGUUUCCCUUUCUGUUCCCUUCUUUCCCUCCUUUGGGAGCCGCCGAGAGGGGGGACUACUCAAACUCAAGCUCAAAGCAGCAGCAGCAGCAGCAGCAGCAGCAGCAGCAGACGCCUCCUGCGUUCGGGCGCGCCGACUGGGACGAGAUCCUCGGUGAGUACGACGCCGUGACGGACCUCGCGGGCUUCUUCCUCCCGCAGCUCGUGGCCGCGUACCCUGACGCUAGGGUGGUGGUGGUACAGCGCGACUUCGAGCGCUGGUGGGCGAGUAUGGAGCGGGAAGUGGUGGUGCCGAACCUGCGCAUGAGUGUCGCGGGCAGGGUAUUCAUCAAGUUGGUUUUUGAGGGGUUGGCGGGCGUCCAGGCCGCGGGGGCCAUGAAGCGCAUCCUCGUAGGGUGGUUCCGCGCGGAGACGCUGGAAGAGAUGAGGGAAAAUGCAAGGGCGAGGUAUGAGGAGCAUUAUCGCUGGGUGAGGGAGAAUGUGCCGCGGGAGAGGGUGCUGGAGUAUCGGUUGGGGGAGGGUCGGGAGCCGUUGUGUGCGUUUCUACAACGGGAUGUGCCGGAGGUGGAGUUUCCGAGGAUGAAUGACGCCGAGGAGCAUAAGGCGAGGGUGAUGGCGAGGUUUGGCUGGUUGGUGCCGCGGGCGCUGCGCAGGACAGCGAAGGGGAUGUUGGGGAUCGCGGCGGCGGGGGCGGUACUGGUGCUGGCACAUAGUUUGAGUGGGGCUGAGAUGGAGUGGAGGUUGCCGAUUGUUCGAUAG